AUGGCCCGCGCAUUCAACUACGGCUCGUUGGACAGCAGCAAAAAGUACAUCCGACUAUUGCGGGCGUGUGAGGGCCCAACCCAGACGUUGACAUUCAAUAUUGAAACCGUAUCUCUCGAGCAAGAUCCUCUACCAGACUAUUACGCAAUAUCUUACUUCUGGGGAGAUGCAAAUACCAAAAAGGUGCUGAGGGUCGACAAAAACCAGCUCGAAGUCCCGGAAAAUGCAGAGAGGGCACUCAGAGCAGUAAUCGCUCACGGUUUCUCAUGCCCAGAGAAUGAAAAUGUGCCAAAAUCUCUCCAAUCAUGGCCUGCCCUAUGGAUCGACGCUGUGUGUAUCAAUCAAAUAAACUCCAAGGAGCGGUCAGUACAAGUCGCAUUUAUGCGGGACAUUUACGCAAAAGCGAAGGAAACCUUCGUAUGGCUUGGCGAUGCCGCUUCUCAGGAGUCGGCUGCUGCGGUAAGCAGCGUAUGUUCCCUAUUCAAGAUUUGCAAGUCAAGCUUUGACGGAGAAUCGUCCUCUACCGGCUACUCUGAUGACCCCUUCGAAACUGCUCUUGCCACAUGCAACUGGCAUGCAAACUUUGACGGAGAAUCGUCCUCUACCGGCUGCACUGAAGACUCCUUUGAAACUGCUGUUGCCACAUGCGACUGGCGUGCCAUCAGCGGCAUAUACAACUCUACUUGGUGGCGCCGCAUCUGGACGGUUCAGGAAGGCCUUCUUGCACGCAAAGCGACUUGCAUCUUCGGCAGUCACGUCAUACUAUUCCAUGAACUGACUCGACUUGCUUACGCCUUAUCGCAGAGACACUACUACCAUACGCCUGAGCACCUGCGCCGCCUGUCUGAUGGGUUAGAGCUUGCGACGUCACGCUUGCGCUUGGAAACGCAAAUAAGAUCGCGCGGCAUAACCAUGCUUGAUCUGGUCAAACAGGCGGAGAACCUCAGUGCAACCAAUCCAAGAGAUAUGGUCUACGGGAUGCUGGGAUGUUUCCAAGCGCCCCAGCCUGGCUUGGAGCAUCGUACCUCCCUCAAGAUCGACUAUGAAAGUCCGGUUGAAGAAGUCUACGCACGAGCAACCGUAAAAUGCAUCCAGGAUACUGCGAGCCUGGAGGUGCUCCAACUCGCUGCACUUCGGCCUCGCAAGAGUGAAAGCGCUAGCUUUCCCUCCUGGUCAAUACCUCUCCCUACGAGUUUCCCUCAAGAGCCACAUCCACGGCCCAUUCGGAGCCAAAUAGACACAUCCGAUCCCCACUUCUACGAAGCCGAUUGCAUCCUCGAGGUACCCUCCAGCACCAAUUGGAAAACAUUGAGACUGAGCGGGUUCACAUAUGAUCGCGUAGAAUCGGUCAUAUUGUUUGAAGGCAUCUGGCCCGACCUGGAUAGCUCUGAAUUCCGAGCCAAGAUAGAAGACAUUCGACAUCUCGUUCAAAGAAGGACCACGGCACAGCGGACAUUGACUCCGGGCUCAUGCUUCAACACAGAAUCAAGCCACAAUGCUAAUGUAGCCAGUGAUGCUAUUGCCGGACCCUCCAUUUCCGACAACACUGCUAGCAAUUCUUCUGACAGCCCUUGCUCAAACAGUACCUCCAUCACCGACGUCGCCACCGCCGCGGACAAAAUGUCUCCUGAAGUAGCUGAAGCCAUCGCCAGCGCACUCGCAGCUGCCAUCUAUACUUGCGACGGGACAGCACACACACAACUCGUUUCAUCUCUGCGACAGUUCAUCUUUCUAGCCUCGAAUCGCAGACGCAUUUUCGUCAGAAAGCUAAUGAGCUACGCUUUUGAUUACUCCAAGAGGAUGAAACGUGCCUUCUUCAUCACAAAACAGGGCAGAUUCGGUGUUGCUCUUCCUGCCACGGUAGAAGGGGACGCGGUCUGUGUGUUGGAUGGCGGACCAGUGCCGUUCAUUCUGCGAAGACACGAGGAUCGGGAGCAUUGGGCUUUGGUUAGUGAUGCUCAUCUUGAUGGUGUGGAAGAGUUUGUGAGUGCCACAGCAAUACGCCAAGAGUAG